CAUAUGCGCCCACAUCCCUAGUGUCUUGGGCAGCGGGACGGAGCUCUAGCGGGUCUUGUGUCUUUCUCUCGUUAUCUCGUCACUGCACUUCCACACUUGACCAGUCUCCUCAUUCGUAUCCAGGUGCUCUAACGAGGUCAUGGAGGAAGACCGGGCUAUUGCAGACCUGGGUCCCGACCUCCCUCCCGACCUCAACGGCGAGGAGUUGGUGGAGGAGAAGCAGCCCAAGCGACGUUUCAUCGGACGGAGAGCGGCCGAGAGCAAGGCUGCGGCCGCCGCUGCUGCGACAGCACCACAAGAGCAAGGCGCCGGCAUCGAGGAGAGCGGGGCGAUACAAGCCGUGCCACGCUACCGACGUCCAGCCCGCGCCCUGAACAAUGUCCCCGACGAAAUCCUCCACGAUGAAGCCCUCAACGCCGCCAUCGCCCUCCUUCCUCCCAACUACAGCUUCGAGAUUCACAAAACCGUACAUCGCAUCCGCACCUCCGGCGCAACCAGAAUAGCCCUCCAAAUGCCAGAGGGUCUUCUUCUCUUCGCAACUACCAUCUCCGACAUCCUCACCCAAUUCUGUCCGGGCAUAUCUACCCUGAUUAUGGGCGACGUCACAUACGGCGCCUGCUGUAUUGACGACUAUACCGCCCGCGCCUUGGGCUGCGACAUGCUGGUGCACUAUGCCCAUUCCUGCCUCAUCCCCGUUAACGUGACCAAGAUCCAAACGCUCUACGUCUUUGUGGAUAUCCGCAUCGACCUCGAACACCUACUCGCAACAGUAGAGCGCAACUUCAAACCCGGCAGCAAGAUCGCGAUGGUGGGCACAAUACAAUUCAAUGCCACGCUUCACGGCACGGCGCAACAACUGCGCGAAGCCGGCUACGACAUCCUCGUCCCGCAAAUCAUGCCUUUGAGCAAAGGCGAGAUCCUCGGCUGCACAUCUCCACACCUCGCCAAAGACCAACGCGUCGACCUCAUCUUAUAUCUCGGCGACGGACGCUUCCACCUCGAAAGUGCCAUGAUUCACAACCCCACCAUCCCCGCCUACCGAUACGACCCCUACUCCCGCCGCCUCACGCACGAAACCUACGACCACGCCACUCUCCUGGCGGACAGGCGAAAAGCGCUCUCGCAAGCACGAAAAGCCCGCAAAUGGGGCCUCAUCCUCGGCUCACUCGGGCGACAGGGCAAUCCGCACACAAUGACACUGAUCGAGAACCAUCUUCGCGAAAAGGGCAUCACCUGGGUGAACCUGCUUCUGAGCGAGAUCUUCCCCGGCAAGUUGGCCAUGAUGGCGGAAGUGGAGUGCUGGGUGCAGGUGGCGUGUCCGCGCUUGAGUAUUGAUUGGGGUUAUGCCUUUGCUCGACCCCUUCUGACCCCGCAUGAAGCGCUGGUGGUGUUGGGUGGGAGGGAAGGGGCGUGGGAGAAAGGGGGGAUUGGUGGCACAGAUGGCGGGGACGUUGUGUAUCCCAUGGACUACUACGGCAAAGAAGGCCUAGGGAGGGUGAAGGCGGAAGGCGUGAGUGUCAAUGGAUGAGAGUGAAUUUCGUCCUUUCAAUGAUGCAAUUCUACGGCCAUGAUCAGAUA